AAACCCCGUCGACUGUAAUCCUCACUGUACACGGCGGAAUCCUCUGCGGGUAUUUUCUUUUUUCAUAACUUUGUCUCCAACAAAACAAAGAAAUGGACAACAGCGGGAAAGAGAAGGAAGCGAUUCAGCUUUUGGCCGACGCGGACAAAAGAGUCAAGUCCUCCGGCUCUUUUUUGGGAGGGAUGUUUGGAGGAGGACCUCAAAAAGUGGAGGAAGCGUGCGAGAUGUACUGCAGAGCGGCCAACAUGUUCAAGAUGGCCAAGAACUGGAGCGCUGCUGGAGGUGCGUUCUGCAAGGCCGCUCGGCUGCACAUGCAGCUGCAGAACAAACACGACUGCGCCACCAGUUUCAUCGAUGCUGGGAACGCCUUCAAGAAGUCUGACCCGAAUGAGGCAAUCAAGUGUUUAAACGCGGCCAUCGAUAUAUACACAGACAUGGGAAGAUUCACCAUCGCAGCCAAACACCACAUCAACAUCGCAGAGAUCUACGAGUCCGAACUGGUGGACAUCGAGAAGGCUAUUGCACAUUAUGAACAAGCAGCAGACUACUACAAAGGGGAGGAAUCCAACAGCUCUGCCAACAAGUGUCUGCUGAAGGUGGGGGGCUACUGUGCUCAGUUGGAGCAGUACCAGAGGGCCAUUGAGAUCUACGAGCAGGUUGGCUCCAACACGAUGGACAACCCGCUGCUGAAAUACAGCGCCAAAGAGUAUUUCUUCAAAGCCUCCCUGUGUCACUUCAUCGUCGACGAGCUCAACGCCAAGAUCGCCAUCGAAAAAUACGAGGAGAUGUUCCCGGCGUUCUCCGACUCUCGAGAAUGCAAACUGUUGAAGAAACUUCUGGAGGCUCACGAGGAACAGAACUGCGACGCGUUCACAGAGGCGGUGAAGGAGUACGACGCCAUCUCCCGCCUGGACCAGUGGCACACGGCCCUCCUGCUGCGCAUCAAGAAGACCAUGCAGGGCGACGAGGGCGAUUUGAAGUGAAGGGAACCCGGCGGCCACGGCGACACAGCAUGGAGGGGACGCUCCCAUCACGCAUGCUUUCACACACACACACACACACACACACUUCCACUCAGCUCACUGUGUAUAGCAUCUGGAGACGACUUCGAUGAAUAUUCCACUGCUGUACCGUCAGAGUACGAUCUUUGCUUUCCUUCCACAUCUGAACCGGGUCAGGACGUAGAUCCUCUCGCCCUCACCUCUGUAGAGGAUUGCUGCAUACCUGUCCAGGGGUGGGGGGGGGGGUUCAGAGCGGUACAUUGUAUUGAAACCGAUGCCAUUAUUGACAACGAGCGCUGCAUGUUUUUGUACAAUUAUCGUUUCCUGGUCGAGAUGCUUUUUUAUUUUUUUUAUUCUAUAUUUACGUUUAUUUAAAUUAUUUAACUGCGUGUAUGGACUUCCAGAAUGUACCUUUAUUUAUAUAUAUAUAUUAAUUUUGUUAUUUGUCGGUGUAAAAAGGGGAGGGGCCUCAAAUCCAUUCAUAAAACUAAAAGUCAUUGUGCGGCCACACGGGAAAAAAUAUUCAGAUUUACAUUCGUAUCACCAACCAGAGGGAGAGACUCUUCUGGAAGAAGAGCGAUGAUAUGCACCAUGUGUAGACUGUUAAACAUCUGCAUCAAACCACACACACACACACACACUCAAACUGACAUGUGGAUACUUUCUAUUAACUUUAGGAUUCGUCGAUGUAAUAAUGAUUUGUAGUGGGGGGGGGGGUUAACGGGCAUCACUUGUCACUCAUUCAUCCCGUGCCGCGUCGUCGGGGUCGAUCAGCGCGGUUUCGUUGACGAGAGCCAGACCAACGUUUUCACCCGAGCGUCGUCCCGGCGGCGGCGCGGGGAUGAUCUGUAUGCCGCUGCAAAAUGGACGAUAAUAAAGAUCUUCUGUUCCCGGGUC